CAACAAAUAAUGGGCCCCUGAAACUUCAACGACCAACAUUUAAAGUCCGGAGAUUCUCAUAUUUUGCCCGUGUUCUAUUUAUUUUGGAAUAUUUUUUUUUACCGACAUCCCGGUGGCUUCACGACAGUAGUUUCUUUGCUGUUACACUAGGCUAGCCACGCCCCCUGUAUAUGACACGCGGGUUUCUCUGUGCAGCAUGGCUUCUUCGGCGAAGAAAAGAGCAGUAGGUUUAGGUGAAAACCCCGAGGAAAGUGGGAGCUCAGAUGAAAACCCCGAGGAUGAUGGGGAUUCCGAGGAGGAGGAGGACAGCGACGCCUCAGAAGAAAUUAACGAGGAGGUCACCGUGGAUUUUGAAGCUCACACCAUAUCACACAACGACUUUGGUGGCAUAAAGAAGCUUCUGCAGCAGGUGUUCCUGAAAGCUCAUGUAAACACAUCAGAGAUGACAGACAUGAUCAUCCAGCAGAACCAUAUUGGAAGUGUCAUCAGGCAAGCUGAGGUUCCAGAGGACAGUGAUGAUGAAGAUCCAGAUGAAGUAUUCGGUUUUAUUUCUAUGCUGAACCUCACAGAGAGAAAAGGUGUGCAGUGUGUGGAGGAAGUGAAGGAUCUGAUUUUGGACCAGUGUGGAAAGAACGCUUCUCAUAGUGUAACAGAACAGCUGGAGCAGAUCUUCAGUGACACCACUAAGCCUGUUGGGCUUCUGCUGAGCGAGCGUUUCAUCAACGUACCCCCACAGAUUGCCCUCCCACUGCACAAGCAGCUCCAGGAGGAGAUAGCUGAAGCUCAGAGGACCAAUAAGCCCAGUGGGAGGUGCUGCUACUGCCUGAUGAUCAGCAAGACCUGCAAAGAAGCAUCCAAGAAUAUCCAGUCCAGAGGAGGAGCUCCGAAAGAGGAGUACAUGUUUGUCAAUGCAGAGGAGGAAUUCUUUUACGAGGAAGCUGUGGUGAAGUUCCAUUACUCGGUCCAGGAAGAGGCGGACUCUUGUUUGACUGGCAGGUGGUCAUUUGACGACGUUCCUAUGAAGCCUUUCAGAACAGUGAUGCUGAUUCCCACCGACAGAAUACCUGCUAUCAUGGACAAGCUGAAGGAAUACCUGACCGUGUGAUGGAGGCUGGCUCAUAAAAAUACUACCAUUUAUAUUUACAAAAAAAUCAUUGACAGCAGUUCAAAUUUAUUACUAAAGCUAAACUAUUCAAUCUUUUAUUAUAACUCCUCAAAUAUUAGCUUCAAUUUUGGACACAGUUUACAUCAUAAUUCAACAUUUUUACAGAAUUGGUGGAAAAACUGCAAAAUACUGUUUUAUUUUCCUGUAAUAUUUUUGAUUAUAAAACUAAAGACUAUAAGAAUAAAGAGCAAAACAAAUCA